UCUAGAAGAAUGAUUCCAAUUUUGACCGCUUUUAUGUUAUUUUAAAGUUUUUUUUAUGCUUUUUAUGACUCGUUUAUUAUUAAAAGAGUUUUAUUUAAACUUUUUAUCAGCGGGGGUUUGGAAUUAUCCUCAGUCAGAGGGAAGGUUUGAUUGGUGAAUCUUCGGCAGCGUCGCUGUAACGUCCGCAUGCAGAGUAUCGCCGGCAUGGAGAGCCGAGCCCCGCUGAGCCCGCUGACUUCCUCGCAGCAGAACGUCACCAGCGGCGGGCUGGAUUUCUCCAAGCUCACGCCGUCCGAGUUCGGCAUCUCUGUUCAGAGCUUCACAGCUUUUCCCAAAGAGAAAGAAAAGUCCAGAGUGGCGCAGCUGAAAGCGAGACGGAGAUCAUCGAUCGGCGUGAGAGGAUCCCCCGAAACCAAUUCACUAAUCUGCUUCAGAGCCAAGCAGGCCAUGAAAACGCCACCCAGCACCCCACAGCACUUGCUGGCGAGCCCGCUGCUUUCAGGCCGUAACUCUAUAAAGCAGAAGAUGGCUGCCUUCCAGCGGCUGAUGGGGAUGGAUGAGGAGAAUAUUGAACAAGCUGCUGUGCUGAUGAAGGAGGACGUGGGAGAGAGUUUCUCCAAAGACGUCCAGCCUGACAACCAGCACCUUUCAGACGAGGAUCAAGAGAACCGGCUCGUCCCGAGCAGCUUCCAUCCUCCCGUAACACCACCCCUCUCCAAAAGACGCCGCAGGUUCCCGUCUAACCGAGGCUCGUGGGAGGACGGGAUUCAGGAGGAGCCGCUAUCGGAGCUCCCGCUCACCUCCAGACAGGAGGAGCAGAUGUGCCCGCCCGAGUUCAAAAGCCCCAAGCCGGCGCCGGGUCUGGGUUCAGACUCUCAGUCUCGGCUCAUAUCUUCUCCCAUGCUGUCAAAGCCGGCGCUCAUCAAAACAGGUGACGUCGAGGUUCCGUCCGUCUCCAAGAAACGCGUCCGCUUCGGCGCCCCCCUCUCCCCCGAAUUCUUCGAUAAAACCCUCCCCCCGAGUACCCCCCUUCAGAGAGGCGCCACCCCCGCGCCCCCGCCGUCCUCCACGGGCCGCAAGCAUUCCCUCCUCAAAACCCCCCAGAGGUUCGAGCCCCGUCUGCCCCAGCCUGACUUCGGCAGCCCCGCCAGGAGCGGCGCCUCGCCCGUCCUCGCGUCACGUGACCCGGCGGAUAACGACGAGGUCUUCAUGGAUUCUGACAAGAUCGCGUUCCCCAGCAUGGACGAGGAAGAUGAUAACGCACUUGUUACCAGCAACGGAACUCUUCUGACAGAAGGUCCCGAGUCCUCACCACACCAUGAAUCACUCGCUAUAGAUACUGAACUAAUGAACGCUGCUUUCCAAGAGGAUGAAGAACUCUCCCUCACUGCUCAUCAGUCAGCGCCUACAGAACCUAAACCCGAUUCUGAGCUAAUACAGAGUCAGCCGGGACAGCAGAAGUCUACUGCGGCGUGUCCUGAAGCUCCUCGCUCUCGCGGCCGGAAGCGGAAGCAACCGGCAGAGAACGAGACGGAAACCAGGAGAAGCUCGCGCUCGGCCGCCGCCUCCGCCAAAGGGAAAAUGAAGACCUCAGCAGCGAAGAAGAGAUUCGGGAGUAAGGAAGUGGAUCGCUCGCUCUACGGAAAGAGAGACUACGCCUCCAAAAACCCCCUGCUCAGCCCCAUCGUAGAGUCGACCCCCUCCAGCCUGAGCGGCACCCCACUGCAAGUACAGACAGGUCAAAAUCCUGACAGCAGUCCAGACACGAGUACGAAUAUUCAGCGUGGAAAAGCAGCCCAGUCCGGCGCUACAGCUAAUCUGGUGACCGCCGCCGCCUUGUGGCGUAGCCGCUUCCUAGAAAAAUCUAAAAGCAGCCAACAGCAGCCAACGAUGGAAGACGUUCCUCUUACAAACCCUACAGAUGAAGGGACGUCAUCAGAUGCGCCCGCUGAUAAAAAACCGGGCACAAGUAAAGCUUCCAGAGGAAGACGAGGAAGCUCAGGAUGUCGGCGCCGUAGCGGGAACGCCCGAGCGGCAAGAACGAAAGCGCCGGACGACGGUCAGAAAGAAGCCCACGCCUCUCCAUCAGAAAAAAGGAGAAGGAAGGAUGAAGAGCAGCAGCGAGAGAGCGAAGAUACAGCAGGAUCUGGGAACGAGCCUGGAAAGGAGACGCUGGAGUGUGAAAUUAACCAUCAGUCUGAAUCUGGUGAAGCUCAGACGCGGCGUGAAAGCAGCCGGGAGGAGGAGAUCAGUCACAGCGAAGAGUCGGUUGGCGCCGGGGAGUUAGAUCGGAUCUCGGACGAGCAAUCUCGACCAAGAAGUCCAAAUCUGAGCGGGCAGGUUCGGGUUCAGAGAGGCAGGAGAAGUUGUAGAGUCACGUUAAGCGACGCCGGCGAGGAGAAUCAGGACCGACAGGCGGAGUCGUCGAAAGAGCAGAGCGAAGAACGAAGGGAAGUGGAGCGGACGUCCCAGAACGUGAGCGAACCGUUAAAAUCUGUGGAAGAAGCGCGGGUGCAAAAUGAGGGCAGGACCGAUGGAGAAAAGCUAGAAUUCAAACUAGAAUCGAACGAAGGCACGAGCCGACUCGUCCUCGAACCCUGGCAGCAGCCCGAGUUCAACAUCGAGGACGUCCUGAGGCCGGUCGCAAGGGCCCGAGCUUCCGUGAGACGCAGCCUGAGGCACCGGAGGAGCACAGACGUCCAGGCUGCAGGACUGGCCUGGGUGGAUCACACGUCCCCGCAGACCAGCGCCGCCAACCAGAGGAGGAGGACGCGCGGCAGACUGAGCGCCGUCUCGCAACCCCCACCGUCCGAUCCCGAGGAAAACCCCGGUCGGUAACGAGCCGCCGUGGAGCCGCCGGCGAUUUUAAAGAUGAAAUGAGUUUGAUUCUUUGAUUGGUUCUGACGUUCUGGGAUUCUUUUUAAUCUUCAGCAUGAAGCUGGUUCGGGAGGUUUGUGUUUUCUCUAGAUUUAGAUUCAGAUGGAGUGAUUCUAGUAGGGAUUAGUAAGCGAGCUUGAUUAUGUGGUUGCUUAGUAUAAAAAUCGUCUGUAAAUUUCAUGACUUGUUUUUUAUUUUGACCAUCUCGUACAGUUUGUGUAACAUCAAACAGAUUAAACAAAAUAUUCUCUCCAAAAAAAUGAAAUCAGGUCCUUUUGUUGUUGUCCAAGCAAGAAGGUCCUGAGUUCGAUCCCCAGGUGAAACGGUCCGGGUCCUUUCUGUGUAAAGUUUGCAUGUUCUCCCCGUGUCUGUGUGGACUUCCUCC